AUGUGCACAAUCUUCAAAUCUCACAAGCUAUGGGAUAUGGUUGAAAAUGGGUUUGAUCAACCUAAGAAGAAGGAAGAAGGAGAAGCUCUGACUGCAGCUCAAAAGCUUGCAAUGGAAAAGAAUGUUGCAAAGGAUGCUAAAGCUUUGGGACUGCUUCAAAAUGCAGUCUCUGAUGAUAUUUUUCCCAGAAUCGCUUUGAAGGAGUUAGCUAAAGAAGCAUGGGAAAUUUUGCAGCAAAAAUUUAGAGGAGAUAAGAAGGUAAGAUCUAUAAAACUCCAAGCACUUAGAAGGGAAUUUGAGUACACUCGUAUGCAAGAGGGUGAUUCCUUAUCCGAUUAUAUAACCAAGUUGCUUGAGUUAGUAAAUCAAAUGAAAGCAUAUGGGGAGGAGAUUACUGAUCAAAGGCUUGUGCAUAAACUUUUGAUUAGUUUAUCUAGGGAGUAUGAUUCUAUUGCUGAAGUAAUAGAAGAAACUAAAGACACUGAGACUAUAGGAGUUCAGGAGGUUAUAGGCUCCUUGAAAUCCCAUGAACAGAGGCUGCAAAGGCACACUGAGAAAAUGCCAGAAAAGGCGUUCUCUAGCCUAAGUGUAAGUCCCAGAGAACAAUCAAACUCAGGACAAGGUGGUAGCUCAAAAUCUAAGAAGAGCUGGAAAUCACAGAAAGGGAAGAAAUGGGAUGCAGAGCCUGAAAACAAUUUUAGGAAGGAAAAUCAGAAUGAAGGGGCGAAGGUUCCUUGCAAGACAUGUGACAAGCUGCACUAUGGUGCUUGUUGGUUCAAAGGCAAGCCUAAAUGCUAUAACUGUGAUAAGUUUGGUCACUUGGCAAAGGAAUGCAGAGGCAAAUUAGCUCAGACAACUCACUAUGCAACACAUAAGGAGGAAGAAGGUACAAUGUUUUAUGCAUGUCAUUCUGCUUCUAUAGUGACAAACAAUGAUGUGUGGUAUGUGGAUAGUGCUUGUAGCAACCACAUGACCUCACAUGAAUCCCUUCUAAUUAAUGUAGACACUAAUGUCACUACAAAGGUAAAAAUGGGCACAGGGGAACUGGUGCAGGCCACUAGAAAAGGGACUUUAGUAAUUACCAAUAAAUAUGGGCCUAGACAUAUCAAGGAAGUCAUGCUUGUACCAAGUCUUGAUGAAAACUUGCUUAGUGUUGGCCAAAUGGUGGAGCAUGGUUAUUUUCUGUUGUUUGGUAACUCAAUGGUGGAGAUAUUUGAUGAUAAAUCAUUGGACCAUCUUGUUGCUAGAGUUCCAAUGACAAGGAAUAGAUGUUUCCCAUUUUCUUUGAAGUAUGAAAAGUCUGUAGCUAUGAAGGUCACUAUGGAAGACACUCCAACUAAGAAACACUAUGGAGCAGCUAAGAGGGUGCUGAGGUAUAUCCAAGGCACAAUUGAUUUUGGUAUAGAGUAUCAGAAGGGAAAAGAAGCUGUCCUAAUUGGAUUAUGUGAUAGUGACUGGAGUGGAAGCCAAGAUGACAUGAGAAGUACCUCAGGCUAUGCCUUCUCUUUUGGCAGUGGAGUGUUCUCUUGGGCAUUAGUCAAGCAACAUAGUGUUGCUCUGUCCACAGUUGAAGCUAAGUAUGUUAGUGCAAGUGAAGCUACUACACAAGCUAUAUGGUUAAGGUUUGUUCUAGAGGAUUUUGGUGAAUUGCAAGCUGAUGCAACUCCAUUAAUGGUGGACAACACUUCUGCCAUUGCAAUGACUAGAAACCCAGUCUUUCAUCAAAAGACCAAGCACAUAAAUCGCAAGUACCAUUUCAUCCGAGAUGCUCUACAAGAUGGUGUAGUGGAUUUAAAAUAUUGCAAGUCUGAAGAACAAGUGGUUGACAUCUUCACCAAAGCUUUGCCUAAAGAUCGAUUCAACUAUUUGAGAGGAUUGCUUGGUGUUAAACCAGUUAACAAUUUAGAAGGGAAUGUUGAAAUGUAA